AGAGGCACAAGUGGCAUAAAGAUGGGUGAUUUGUAUGCUUUGGAUUUUGACGGAGUUCUCUGUGAUAGCUGUGGAGAGAGCUCUCUUUCUGCUGUUAAGGCAGCUAAAGUGAGAUGGCCGAGUCUUUUCAAUGGGGUGGACUCUUCUUUGGAAGAUUGGAUUGUUGAUCAGAUGCAUGUGGUUAGACCUGUGGUGGAAACUGGAUAUGAAAAUCUCUUACUUGUGAGAUUGCUCUUGGAGUCAAGAAUCCCUUCUAUUCGCAAGUCUUCGGUUGCAGAGGGACUAACAGUUGAGGGAAUACUUGAGAACUGGGCAAAGCUUAAACCCAUUAUAAUGGCAGAAUGGGAUGAAGACAGGGAUUUUCUCAUAGAUCUUUUCGGUAAGGUUAGAGAUGAAUGGAUGGACAGUGAUUUGGCUACUUGGAUAGGUGCAAACAGGUUCUAUCCUGGAGUUCCUGAUGCACUGAAAUUUGCAAGUUCAAAGCUCUAUAUAGUCACUACAAAGCAGGGCCGCUUUGCAGAUGCAUUACUUAGAGGGCUUGCUGGGAUAACUAUUCCAGCUGAAAGGAUCUAUGGUCUUGGGACAGGGCCUAAAGUAAAAGUGCUUAAGCAACUUCAAGAAAUGCCGGAAAACAAGGGUCUGACCUUACACUUUGUGGAAGACCGACUUGCUACUUUAAAGAAUGUGAUUAAAGAGUCCGAGUUGGAUGGAUGGAACUUGUAUCUAGGGGAUUGGGGUUACAAUACUCAAAAGGAGAGGGAGGAAGCUGCUAGCAUUUCCAGAAUUCGCAUUCUCGAGCUCUCUGACUUCAGCAAUAAGCUGAAAUGAUCCUGUGUUCUUUCAAUUAACUUGCAUUAUUUUAAAACGAGAGGGUCUGCUGCAAUAUCCUCCGGUAUCCAUUAUUUUUUCAUACAGAAUUAUGUAUUGAUCAGCUUGCCUACUCUGCUCAUCCCAAUGUAUACACAAUUUAGUUUAUGGGAUGGUUUAUAUUAUGCUUGAAUUAAAAUAAUUUUAUGAUGAGAA